AUGCCGAUUGAAGCUCUUCCCCAGACCACAGUCCGCGCCAUUGGGUCUACCUCUGUCAUCUCCGAUCCUUGCUCAGUGGUCAAGGAGCUUAUCGACAAUGCGCUGGAUGCAUCUGCAACGUCGCUGCAGGUCGAAAUCUCUCAGAACACUCUUGAUGUGAUCCAGCUCAAAGACAAUGGUCACGGCAUUCCGACUGAAGAUCACCCGAGCGUCUGUAAACACACGUUCACCAGCAAAAUCCAGACUGUGGAUGAUUUGAAAAACGUUGGAGGCACGUCAUUUGGCUUCCGCGGAGAGGCCUUGGCGAGCGUGGCGGAAAUGUCCGGCGGAGUCACCGUCACCACGCGAUCCGCUUCCGAGGUCACUGGGACCUGUCUCAAGUAUGCAAGAGACGGAUCGCUUUCAAGCUCCGCGCGCACAUCUCAUCCAGCCGGGACAACAAUGCGAAUAACUGACUUCCUCAAGUACAUCCCAGUUCGCAGGCAGACGGCAUUGAAAGACGCGACAAAAACUCUUGCGAAAUUCAAGGGGCUUCUUCAAUCGUAUGCUUUUGCUCAUCCAACCACGAGAUUCUCUAUCAAAGUGCUUAAGGCCAAGAACGAAAACAACAACUGGAUGUACGUGCCAAGUCCUGAUGCAGGAAUUGUCGAUGCAGCCAUGAGGAUUGUCGGGAGAGAUGUGUCAUCCUGUUGUGUUGUCCAGAAACUUCCGUCUGAGUCUUCGGAUCAAAGUGGCUAUGACGCUCUAGCCUUCCUUCCCAAAGCAGGUGCAGAAAUCGCCAAAGCAAAUAAUCAGGGGCAGUUUUUCAGUGUUGAUGGCCGCCCUCUAUCCACGAGUAGGGGAAUUGGCCAAGAUGCCACCAGGUUGUUCAAAUCCUAUGUACGCGCUGCGGCAUCGGGAAAUGAAGCGGCCAAGUCAAUCAGUGACCCGUUCCUGUGCCUUAAAUUGAAGUGUCCAAGAGGAACGUAUGACGUUAACAUUGAACCUGGUAAAGAUGACGUUUUAUUUGAGGAUCGUGAAAUGAUAAUCAGCAUGAUCGAGAGUCUUUUUCGUGACUACUACGGACCAUUGCCAGAUACUCAAAAAAGGAGUCCAAAGAAAGCACAGAAGCCAUCCUCAAACACUUCCCAGAGGGAUAGUGGAUUUGAUAUCCUCAUGUCCAGAACACGCCCUGAAAUAGCUUCCAGUCAACCUUGCAACUUCGAAGGCCCCAUCAGUGUUGCUCCCGCAAGCCCCCUCUCCCAACGUGCCAAUCAAUAUUCCGACCCUUUAUCGCCUGAUUAUUUUCGCGAUAGCGGGUCCCAACGCAACCCUGGCGAUCGUAUGGCCACCACCGAAAGCCGAGGCUCGCGUUUCAUUAACCCCUGGUCCAUUUCGCGAAUCAAUGCUUCCUUCCAAACCCCACAAAAGCAGCGUGUUCCUCAGUCAAGUGGUUCACAGGCUGUCAUUCAAACACCUCAGCAUAACAACAGCCAGCAGAAUGCUGCGCCAGGAUUGGAUUAUCAGUCACCUCCCGAGAGUCCUGAGGUGACAAGCUUUUCUGCUUUAAGGCCUGCUACCGUUUCUCCGGAGGCACGUCAAUGCCGACCCCGGCCAACAUCGGAAUCGCUGCCCGAGGCAGGCUCUACCGUGAAUAGCGUCCGUAAGGCUGCACGGCGGCGCGAUAAAGAGCGAUACGGUAAUGGCGCGCUUGACACUUUGUUCCAACGAACGACGGGAGCUUCCUUGGCCCAAGACCCUCCGCAGCCUGAGAGUGAGCAGGAAGUUGCUAUUCCUACAUUAUCCCAGCUUGCACAAGAGAGGUUUCAACCUCAAGCUCAAGCUGAAUCCACCAAUAAUUUUACUGAUCUGGAAAACCGCGACCCAGGACAUGACGCGUCUGAGGAUCCGGAUUCCCAAACAUCCCCCGAUGACGAUGGUAACCUACCUCCGGGUCAAAAUCAAGACCAGGAUGGCUCUAUGGAUAGUGGCCGAGGAUUUCCAGUCCUGGAAAAAUGGGCUGCGAGUCUUCAUCAAGAUUUCGGUCCGGAGAAAGGUCAGGAUUUGGCAUGGGCACUUGACUUUGAAAGGCGCAAGAGGGAGGUGAACCAGAGAAAUCGCACACGCUCGGGCGGUCGCGAUGGUCAACAAAAACCUCAACAAGGUGCUUCGUCUGGACCAUCGCCCCACAAAAAUCGAUAUCUUGCAGCAAAAGCGGCGCUAACAGCCGAGCGGCCUUCGGUGGUCGAGGCAGUCUCGAAAACAUCCCUCUCUCCACAUGACCCAAGGGCCUAUUUCAUGCAUCACCCAAGCCAGCCAGGGCCCAAUGAGGGAUCCAAGGGCAGUGCAAAAUUGCGACGUCUACACACCAGUCGACUACCGUUUGAAAGUACCCCGGAAGAGUAUGAUAUCCACAGUAUCUGCCUCCCCGUGUCCUCCGAUCUUCCUCUCAUCUCCCAUUUGUCGAGUUUGUCGUGUCCAUUCGACGCAUAUACCCAGUCCGGAAAGGAGACCGAUGUAUUUCCCGAAUCCGACAGAGAAUCUGUUGUGUCAUUCUGGAAUGAACGUUUAAUCUCCAUCAUCAAAGAAAACUAUAAGACCAAUGAUACACGAUAUCCCGAAUGGCAAGUUGAUCUUGCUUCUGUCAUGGCAAAGCAUUUGAAUUAA